AUGGCGGACGAGAAGAAAGAAUUCACGUUUUCAAUAAACAAAGAUUUUGCGAAGAAAUUUGAGAAGAACAAGCGACGAGCAGAGCUCGAACAUUUAAAAGCAAAGUAUGGCGAUGYKAAGUCAGACUCAGAUUCAAGCUCUUCAGAGACAGAGGACGAAGAUGCCAAGGAAGUCACAUCACAAAAAGAAAAAGAGUUCCUAACUGUUUUGUCGCUGCUAAAGGAAAAAGAUCCAAAGAUCUACGACAAAAAUGCACACUUCUAUGAGAGUGAGAGUUCCUCUGAAAGUGACGAAACUGAGAAGAAACCUGCUAAACCAGUUUAUUUGAAAGACUAUGAAAGACAACAACUUAUUGAAAAAGGAAGUUUUAAGAAAGCUGUUAUGGAAAAAAGUGAUGAUGAAGAUGACUUUCUUAGUGUUAGAAAGAAAACAGAGCAAGAGAAGGAUGCUCUUCAGAGAUAUUGGAAUGAUCCCAGCCUUGAUGAAGAUGAGCAGUUUUUGAAAAAUUACAUUCUUGACCAAGGAUACAAGGAUAAAGAUGACAUAAGGUCAA